AUGCCUACUAACACAGAAACGAAUCUUGGCCCCUUCCAUUUCCCUUCAUUGACCUCCCAAGAUCAUACUGACUCACACGUUCGUGCCAACAUUCCUGACAAUAAAGAAGCAUCCUCCGGCCAAAAGGAUGUCAGCGGCAGCAAGGCGGAAAAGGAGAUUGAAAAUGAGGAAUCAUGGCUCUGUAGUUUGCCGUUGGAUAAACCUCCUGAAGUCAUUUCGCCAAGUCCUACCAGACCUCCAACUGUGAUGAUCAUUUCACCAUCUGGCAAAGAGCGAAAACAGUAUUUCCCUUCAAUGGAGGAGUUCACUUCCUUGUCUUAUAGUCAGACCCAAUCUGCUCCUUCAGAUGGUCAAACGUCUACUUCAUCAUGUACAAUCAGCGCUCUGACAAUGCACUAUCUAAAGCCAUUCAUCCCGCCCAAUGAUCACGAAGACGCUAUCGCUGUCUUCAAUGAAACUGAUUUCGAGAUUAUGCCUUUCACACCUGGUACUCCUGAUAAGAUGAAAGGAUGGUCUCGUUCAUUUAGUCCCUGGACUUCAAGCCAAGAAAACAAUGUUGAUUCUCCUAUUUCCAAUCCAGACUUCAUUGCGACCCCCCGAAUUCCCAUAGACCAUCCGUUCCUUCUUCGUCAGAUGACAACGAAUAAUGAAGCCGGGGGGACGGAGGUACAUGAGGAUGAGCACAUGUUCGAUAGAGGCACUUUCGGUGAGAAAAAUAUCAUGAGGGAUCUUGUAGAGAGGACGGGAAGAGUAGCUGUUGAAAGAAGAGCAAACUCGCGAUCAUUUAGCGUAUAUUCCUCGUAG